AUGUUCUCGGUGUUGGCGCCGGUCGGCAUCAUGAAGCCGUGCCUGCGCCGGCUUGGUAGAGAAAAAGGGAAGGUGCUUGGUGAAUUCGACUUUGUCAUCGUGAGUAAGAAAUAUGGACUCAUCUUCAUGGAAGUUAAGGCAGUCAGGUCAGAUAAUUUUAGACAUGAUCGGUUCAGCAAAGCAAAAGGGCAGAUGAAAAAGGCUCGAGAGGCUCUGUCAUCGUAUCUUCAAGACAAACUCCCACCUGAUGCAUCUACCGUUCAUUUUACGAAUCCAGUUUUUAUUAUGAUGCCCAACUGUGCACCGAACUCAGUGCUGAAGUACCAGGUAGAAGUCCACACCACUGACCAGGAAGGCGCUGGGACAGACUCCAAUGUGUACAUCACCAUAUAUGGGCAGAGGGGGGACACAGGGAAGAGACGGCUGAUCAGAUCACAUAACAAAGACAAGUUUAAGCAGGGACAGAUGGACCUGUUUGAAGUGGAGGCUGUGUCUCUCUGGGGGCUACAGAAGGUUGUUAUCGGCCAUGAUGGACAUGGACCUGGAUCAGGCUGGCACCUGGACAAGGUGGUCAUCAGAGGGUCUCCUGAAGCAGACAAGGAGUACAUCUUCCCAUGUAAAAUGUGGCUAGAUGAAAAUAAAGAUGACAAGUUAACAGAGCGAGAACUGCCGGUAGAAGUGGAAAAAUCAGAUCGCGUUAAGUCUCCUGACCUCACCCAAGCCUCACCUUCACCAAAGGAGACCACAGACAACAAACAAGAUGACUGGACAGUGAGAAUAACGACCAGUGAGGAUGAGAAUGCAGGCACAGAUGCCCAGGUCAGCCUGACUGUGUACGGGGACCAGGGGAACUCAGGACCCCUGCAGCUGGGGGGCGGAGAAAGCGGCUUCUUUGAGAGCGGGAACAUAGAUGUGAAAAUGGGAGGUGUUGGAAAAAUCUACAAGAUCCGACUAGAACAUGACAAUAGUGGAACAGACCCAGGGUGGAAGGUGGAUAAGGUGGAGCUGUCCCACCCCAGCUCAGGUGAGACCCUGGUGUUCACCUGUGAGCGCUGGCUGGCGACCGACAAAGACGACGGACAGACCUGCCGCGAGCUGCCUGCUGUACAAGAAGGGAAGGAAACACUACCAGGAUUGUACAAAGACGGCUGCUUCAAGAAAGAUUGUCAGGACGCUAAGAGUCUCCGUGAGUGGUGGGGCAAGAAAAUCAGCGUCAUUGAGCCUUUGGACAUCAGUGACGACCUGUACAAGUGUCUACUCUGCAGGUUCAUUAAGUCUAGAAGUGCCGUUCCUGCCCUGGGAAAACAGGUAACUAGCACCACCAGUGAAGUCCUGCACAUGUUCAACAGUCAGCAACUCGUUCUCCUGGACAACAUUGGGCUGCCUCUGCACCUGCACAUCACGGGGCCAGCAGGAAGCGGGAAGACUUCCAUCCUACUGCACAAGGUACGAGCUCUCGACACAGACAUCAGAAAAGCUGGGAAAAAAGAGACAAUUCUUGUGCUCUGUUACAACAAACCACUGGGAGAGAAGCUCACCACGGAAUUGAAAGAAUGCCCCUGUGUUACAUUCAAGAAGUACCUUAAAACAAUAGAACAUCGGUGCUCUAUUGGACACAAUAUCUACGGCAUGUCCAUAGAGUGGGACAAAAUGGGCAAAGAGAGUGACCCUAAAGAUCUCAAGGUCGCCUGUGACCCUAAAGAUCCCAAGGACCCUAAAGACCCUAAGGACCCUAAAGAUCCCAAGGUCGCCUGUUACUACAUCUCAAAGCAUGUGAAUAGUCUACUUGAGAAGAAGGUGCCUCCAAAUGACAUUUGUGUUCUCGUUCGUGAUAAUCAGAAGACUGCGGAUGACAUAAAAAAGAACCUCAAAGACAAAAAGAACAAGAUGAUACCGUGCCAGAAUGCUACGGAAUCUAUCAAGAAUCCGAAGAGAGACGCCAUCAUAGUGGAUAGUAUCAGAAGGUUCAAGGGUUUAGAGACCAAGGUACUGAUCUUGUAUAAUCCCCCUUGUCCCGGCGAAGACAACGCAGUGGAACUGCUGUACACUGCCUUGUCUCGUUCUUUCUGUCUUGUUAUCAUCAUCGCGCCUGAGGAGGUUAUCCGGAUCCUUCAGUUACAAGAUGGCGGAAAUGAGAUGGCAAAUAAAUCUCAUUUUAAGCAACAUGACAAGAAAAGAAACCCGGCAAAGACAAAGUUGGUGAAGACUGUCUCGGCACUUGAGAAAAGAUUUACGGAUGAGGAACUGACUGGACUUUCGAGUAGCGAGAUCAACACGAUUCAACAGAAGUUGAAAGGGAUGAUAAAGGCGAUUGAAGAGUCAAAGACAUCACGACUACAGCACAAAAAGAGCAAGAGCUUGGACGAGCUAGCAUUGAGGGCAGAAUUGGGCAUUGUCAAGAAGAGCUCGAGGUUAACGGCCCUUCGGCGUAAAACAAUCUAA